AACUACCACAGUGUAUUACAGUGAUAGUUGAAGUUGAUUUAUGGGCCACCUCUGUCUGUCUGUUAUGCAACAGUCCUCUGCCAGGGCCGGUAAUUACAGAGGACUGUUCUAGCACUAUGGAAAGUGUUACUCUGAUUUUUCUUGCUAAUGUCUGUGUUGAGCCUUUUACUAAUUAUAGUGUUCUUUACUAUACUCUUGCUGCUUUGAAACAUUUAAGCCAUGCUACUUUGGAAAUAAAUACCUGCCGCUUACUCCGUAACUGUCGUGAUUGUCCUUUUGUCAGACUGAAUCUUUGUUUGUUUGUUUGUUUUUUAGAUUUGCAGUAAUCCAUUUUUAUUUGGACACUUGGGGGCAGGAUAACAAGCUGAUCAGUGCACAAAGCUAAUGCAUUACUAGCACUGAUCAGCUGCCUGCAUUGGAAAACCUGUCAGUCAAUAUGGUGGUGGCUCUAAUCUCAAGGAUGAUUUCUUACAAUAUAUAUAGAAGAAGGGAAAGUGCCUGUAGUGGACAAAAUGGUUUUUUUUUCUUGUUUUUUUUUUUAAAACAAAAAAUAUCCUUUGUAUUGCUGUAACCUGAUUUAACAUGGCAGACUGAUUUCCUGUUGGAGCCAGCUUCCUGUGGGACCUUGAGGAACUGCAGUUCCUAGAGGAACUCGUGUUGGCUUCAUCGUUAAGCUCCAAAGGUUGCCCCUGGGUUUCUACUGAUUAGCUAUUGACAAAUCGUGACUAGCCUCUGCUCCAUAGUAAUGCAUUAGAGCGGAGACAGUGUGAGAGUUAAAAUGGAAAGAGAGUGCAAAGAGCAGGCCAUUCUGACUGAUACCAGGCAAGCCAUGAACAUUUGUUGAAACAGAAAGUUGGAGUAGCAAAGAUAAGAAUCUGGAAAUUAGUUUGGCAUGAAAGUCACUCAUUUUUAGGUCUAUUUUUGGUCUCCAGUUUUGAGAAAAUUAUUUAGCUUUUUAGCACCUAAAUGGUCCGCUGUGACCAAUAGCUAGCUGCUCAUGUUUAACACCUGGCAGGAGGUGCUUUCAUCUCCAGAUAAUACCUGAAAGACCUACUUUGAAGCAUUUAGGGUCCAAUUAUUUAACAUUUGCGCUUUGACUGCAACACGACUGUCAAGUGACACACGAGGAGUUUUGGUUGUUGUAUAAUGAAGCUCAUUAACCAUCAAUGAGUCUGUGUAUCCUUCUCUGGGUGACUAAUACCCUGACAGGUGGUGCUCACACACGCUUUACUGUUACUUGAUCUGUGUGUAUCUCCCUUACACACACAUGCACACACAGAGCAAAAAGUCAAUUGAGAAGGUAGGUAAGUGCGUGUGUGUAAAGUGGAUAAAAGGUAAGUCUGACCAAAUGAAAGAAGAAAAAGGAAACACUGUUCAUAAAGGUCCUGUGAAAUGAAAGAGGAGGUGGAGGGAUGGAUAUAUAGAAGCUUGCAAGUGCCGAACCAGUGACGUCAAACUGUAAACUAAAGACUUAAUCCUCUGUGAGCCUGACCAGCUCCUUGUUCUAUCCUGACAUCUAGUGGUCAAAUCAUAGAACAACAUUUAGAGGAUGAGCUCCAUCAUUUGGUAAGUAAUAUAAUGUAUUGUUGUGUGUUGCUGUUUAUUCAGGCAAAGCCUGGUGACCCAAAUAGCUUCCCGAGUGUCAACUAAGAAAAACAAGUAAAUGAUGACGCCUUAUCCCACCUCAAAGCGGGAAGUAAAAAUGAGAUCAUGGAGAAGGUUUAUGAGAAAACCCUUUAUGGCUUUAACCCUUUAACCUUACUAGAGUGUUUACAUGGAGUGAUUCGGUGAGUGGAGUAUAGGUCAGCCAUCAUCCUCUCUGUUGUUGUUAUAAACUAGCUCCAGGCUUUGCUCAUGCUACAGUUGCUCUCUACUGUACCGUCAUAUGGAGCCAAGUACCACAUUACACAGUUCAAUGAGAGCUUAUUUUUAGAUCACUGUUUAUGUAAAAAUUGUGAUCGUGACCUUUGAACUUUCAUCACCUUGACACAUAAGAAUGGCAGCUGGAAAAAAAAAAUCUAUGUGCGCUACUACAAACAACACCUGUAAUCUUGAUGUUUAUGUCCACAUUGAGACCUGAGCUUCUUAACAAUGUCUCCAUCCUCUCAUCCGCAAACCAGUCAUGACACAUGGCUGCCACUCCCCGAGCCUGGUUCUGCUGGAGGCUUCUUCCUGUUAAAAGGGAGUUUUUCGUUCCCACUGUCAUUUGACUGCCGGAGAUUUCUCUGUAUUAUUGUAGUCUUUACCUUACAAUAUAAACCAUCUUGAGAUGACUGCUGCUGUGACUGGUGCAAUAUAAAUAGUGUUGAAUUGUACUGGAAAUCAAAUUUUCAGGUCAUUUUAUAAAAUGACCUGUUGCCUUAAAGCUGCACUGAUUGAAUACUUUUAUAAUAAAAAUGAGAUUUAUAUGACAUGAAUGUUUCAAAUUUCAAAUUCAAAUGUUUCUUUCAGAUUUUGAUGAUGACCAAAUCUAAGCUAAAAGGAGAUCGAAUAACGGACUUCCAUGGUAGGGAAUGGCAACUUCAAAUGAAUGCUUGUGUUUAUCUGUCCUGCGUCAAAGUCAAAGUCAGCUGGCGGAUGCUGUACAUGAGCUGAUGGCUCAGCUGCCACCCUUCUAUGCAUCAACACGGCAAAUCAAGCCUGCCAAUGUUUGCUGUGCAUCUGCAAGCUGCUUUGCAACCCACCUCCAACCCAGCUUCUCCUUUUUCAUGCUUUUCAUAAGACUUGUAUUGCGGCAGUUGAGUAAUUUCAUGACACAGUUAAGUGGUGCAGAUUCAAAACACACACAAAAGCAUAUGCAUUGCUUAUGUAUGUUUGUUGCCUGAAUAGCAUCAAAAACGUUAGAUAGCGUAGGUUAGAUCACUAGAAAUUAUAGGUGUUCUGCUGCCGUAUUGCUAGCUGACAGCCAAGGAGCUGGUGUACUUUAUUACAUACCUAAUGUAAUAAAGUACACCUCAUAAUGAGUUCCUGCUCGAACUGGGCUUCAUCAUUUGUUUACAGCACAACAGGACUCCAGAGCUAGUCAGAAGGAUGUUAACUAUCAAUGGCCAGUGGAAGCCUAUAUUUACUUAGAAUAGUAUCAUAAAAUGAUGUAAUUCAGCCCUUUUAUUGGGUUGUAAAUUCUGUUUCACUGUCACAUUUACAUUUUGGUAACAGCAUGAAGCCCGAGAGAGGAGGAUAGAGAGGGUGAGAAGGAGAGAGAGCAGGAUGAAGAUAGCAAAAGUAGCAAAAGUAGCAAAAGCUCAAAAAGAAACCGAUAAGAACAGACAUGCAGUCAAAGAUCUGAUAUUGUGAUAUCCUGUGCUGAUUCUAUACACUAAGGGAGAGGUUAUAUGAAUUUCAAAUUUUAAUGCAAAAGCAACUCCAUUACCAGUUUGUCAGUACUGAAUUGUGCUAUUUUCGUGGCUUACAGAAAAAUGAAACUGAAAAAUGUUGUGCAUGUUUCUCAUCUUAUCUGCUUUACUACAAAACAACUGAGCCUUUGCCACAGGCUUGAUAACUGAACUGUCCACCAGAUUAUAGCUGCUGCUAUGUUGAGAUGAUGUACAGGUUCCUUCCUGUUAAAAGGCAGUUUUUCCUUCCCACUGUCGCCAAAUGCUUGCUCAUAGGAGAGCUUUUGAUUUUUGGAGUUUUCUCUGUAUUAUUGUAGAGUCUUUACCUUACAAUAUUUAAAGUUCCUUGGGUGUUUUAGCGCUAUAAAAACCAGAAUUGAAUUGAAAGAACUCUUAAAUUGCCACACACAGGUCUGUUAUAAUGCGUUUUGUAUGUGAUAACAGAAGCAAAUCUUUUAAUGAGAUUAUUUUCAUAUUUACUUCAGUAAAAUUAUGAAAAGUAAACUUUAUUUACAUUUAUUCAAAGAAAGCCUAAAGUUUAAAAUAAACACAUAUUAAAGCACUCUGGGGAUGCAGCAAAUGGAACCCUGACUUUUGGGGCAGGUAAAUAUACCUUCCAACUUCAGUGCAUUGCAUUUAAACGCUUAGUUUUCCAGUAAUGUGGAGGAACAGUGCUUAGCUGGAAUAGUUACAGCAAGCCAUUGCUUUUAGCCUCUGUUUCCAUCUUCUAACAUCUCUUAUGAUCACACUUUUCCUUUCAGCAUAUGACCUGCACAUGCUCCAAGCUAGUGGCAUUUGCAUGGAUUACGGACGUUUGGAUCCUCAUUUGUUUGUGCACACUGUUUACUUCAUUUCAGCGGAGCUAUCAGCCAUGCUGACGUUUGUGCAAAGCUGCUAUGAGCCCUCUGAGGUGAGAAUGGACAGAUGAUGAAAAUAUUUCCAUCUGAUGAGUCUUUUUUUGAAACAUUCAGAAGGUGGACUAAUUCUUUUUACAGAAGAAAUGUUUGUCUUCAAGCAGCUCUCCCCGAUCUCUGAGAAAAAUCAGAAGGGGAAGUCUGGAACCUAACCUUGCCACAGGCUGGCUUGAAUUUGGAUUAGGAUCGUGGGUUUGAGCUGCGUUCUCUGUGGAUUUUCUUUUGUUUUUACACAUCCAUCGGUUUGAGGACUAUAUAUUCAGAUCUCUGUCCCAGGAUGGAGAAUCGAAUCCUGGACAUGGUGUCUGAUCAGAAUUUAGAGGAGCUUCCAAACAUGGAGCCAGACGCAGGCGAGAUGCAAAAGCCAGAGGAGGAGCAGCAGGACGAAGCUGACCCUGAUCCCCAACCUGAAUCUAGCCAGGAGACAAUGCAGACGAGAAGCGGCCCUCCACCGCUGGCUGUCAUUGAGUUCCGCAUCCAGCAGCUUCAGAACCGCCGUUUCCUCCUGCAGAAGAUGAGGGAAUUUACCAAAAAGUCAGAGCAAAAGAUGGACAGCGCUCCAAAGCAAACAAACAUCGAGGAUGACGAUGACAGCGAAGACGAGCUGGAGACCAUUCAGAAAGAGCUGAAUGUGCUGCUGCUUAAAAAGGAGGAGCUGUCGAAAGAGGCAGAGACUGCCACACCCACAGAAAACGGAGUUCAUCAAGCAGACCCCAGUUUUUAUAAAAAUGAAACACCCUGGGGAGGGAUCUACACGCUGCCGCCUGCAGAGGUGACCCAGGAGGAGAGCAUAGGACCCGAAGACCCCGAAGACCCUGAAGACCCUGAAGACCCUGAAGAACCUGUAGAAACUGAACCUGAAAUACCAAUAGAAACACCAGAAGAUGACAUCGCUCCAGUUGAAACUCUGUGCAGAGACGCCGGGCUCACCCAGUGUCCGACCUGCAAAGAGCUCAUCAUCACACAAACCCAAAGGAAAGUGGGCGAGACAACUUGGUUAGCGUGCUGCUUGUGCUCCAUGUUAGGCUGUGUUGGCGGCUGCUGUAUAAUCCCUUUCUGCAUGAAAAACUUCAAGGACGUUCUUCACCAGUGUCCACACUGUCAGUCCACAAUACACACCUUCAAGCCAUUCUGACAACAAGAUUACUGGAGUAACAACAAUACAAUCCUCACUUCCUGCACUUGAGAGACUUUUCCUGCGUCUUGGAGCUGCUUGGGUCCAAACAGCCUUUGCUGCCCUGCAGUAUUGCUGUCAAACUUUGACCUGCGAGCUGGAAUAAUAUGGGACUGUGCACAACACCUGGAGAACUUUAGAACUUUUUUUUGGCAUUGAUGCUACAUCUGUACUGUCCAAAGGCUCAGGAUAGCAGAGCUGCUGUAAAUAGUUCCUCUCCCUCUGAAAAUCUGCUCAUAAUUCAGUGAGAUAUAGCUAAAGGAAAUAUGUAUUUGUUAUCUGCUUAUUCUAUCUUCCAGUAAGCAGAUGCAAAUAGUGGUAUUCAAAUAUUACUCCCUUCAACAGUUUGACGGCUUCAUGUUUGUUCCUCUUAGCCAGAAAUAACUUUGAGCAAACUCAAAUCAAGGAUCAAGAUCUUCAUGCUGCUAUUUUUCGAUCAAUUAUCUGACCGGUUUCCUUGAUGAAGUGUAUUUGUUGUACAUACAGUUCUGUACAGAUGCAAAUGAUUCACACAGUGCCACAACAGCUUCACAAAAUGCUGUUUGCUAUGAGAUAAUCACUCUAACUCAGUGACUGAAUGAUCUCCUAUUACACCAGGCACUUGGUGAUAGUAGGGAGGAAGAACUCUCUUUUAUUGUGAAAAAGUAUUUUCUCUGAUUUCUUUUCUUUUUUCACAUAUUUGUCACACAAGUAAAUUUUAAUAGUAGUCAAAACUAACCAGAAUAAUUACAAAAUGCAAUUUUUUUAUGAUUUCAUUCAAAAAGGGAAAAGGGCUACCCCAACCAGGCUGGCACAAUGUGAAAAACUGAUUGCCCCCCAGUUUUUAAAUCAUAAAUUAACUAAAUUUUUUAGCUGAUUUCAGUUUGUCUAGCUACACUGGAGGGCAGCACGGUGGCUGCCCUAUGACAGCUGGGAUAGGCUCCGGCAGCCCCCGCGACCCUGAAAAGGAUAAGCAAAAGCGAAUGGAUGGAUGGAUCGCUACACUGGAUCACCACUGGAAAAGUGGUGAACCUUCCAAGGAGGUUCAUGAUUGAACCGUAAGAAAGAGACUGAGCAAAAAUGGAAUCCACUGCUGAGCAAAACGGGGAAAAAAAGGCUUCAUCAAACGUUUUGAUGAUCCCCAAGACUUUUGAUGAAAAGAUUCUCUGGCUUGAUGAGACAGGAUUGGAGUCCCAUUACAUCUGACGCAAAACCAUCACAGCAUUUCAUAAAACACCAAACCAACAGUCAAACAUGGAGGUGUUGUGUGAUGCUCCGGGGCUGCUUUGCUGCUUUGGGACCUGGAUGACUUGCUGUAAGUGACAGAACCAUGAAUUCUGCUGCCAGGAGAAUAUCCCUCCAUUACUUUGUGCCAUGAAGCCUAAGCAGACUUGGUUUAUGCAGCAGGACAAUCGUAAAUAAACCAGUAAGUCCACCUCUGAAUGGCUCCAAUUACUAGUAAGGACUCAAAUCCAACUGACAGACUUUGUACAGAUCAUAAAGAGGACAUUAAUGUUCAAAAAUGUUCAAAUAUGGCUGAAUAACAACAACUGUUCAAAGAAGAGUGGGCCAAAAUUCCUCCACAGCGAUGUGAAAGAUUCAUUACUAGUGAUUACAAACGCUUUACUGCAGUUCUUGGUGCCAAGGGUGGCACAACCAGUCAUUAGGGUUAGAGGUAAUACUUUUUCACACAGGGCCAGGAAGGUUUGGAUAACUCUUUAUACCUUAAUAAAUUAAAUAAUCUUCUAAAAACUGAACUUUCUAUAUAGUUGGGUUAUCUUCCUUGAAUAUUAAAAUCUGUUUUUAUGAUCUGGAGCAUGAAGUGUGAGAAAUAUACAAAAAAAAUAAUAUCAGGAAGUAAAAAUACUUUUUAUUGACGACACUAUAUACAAUACUGUAUAUUGAUGAAGCUGACCAUCCGUGUGCGUGUUCAUAAUUGUUACUCUUGAUGCAAACAAAUGCACUUUGAAAUGAAUAUGAAUGAAUAAUGAAUAUAAUGAAUAUUCUUUAUUGUCAUUGUCACAAGUACAAUGAAAUUGAAAGAUGUCUCCGGUCAGUGCAACAUCACGAAAGAUAAAUACUUAAAAACUAUAAUAGAUAGGAUAUAAAAGAUAGAAAUACAUAUAAAAUACAGUAUUCUCAUACAGUAAAUACACCCAAGCAAUCCAGGCCUAAGGCCCCAUACAGACACUCCACAUACGACCUAGUUGAUAUAUCACUCAAACAAUCAAUCACUCAGUCAAUUUGUUAGCGCAUCCAACAAAACAUAUCUGAAAGCAUUCCAACAUCAAGGGUACAAGUGACAACAGGGGCAAUAAAAGUCAUCUACUUUUAGUAGCAUUGAGACAUGAUAUUGCAAUUGGGUAGAAACUGUGUUUGAGUCUGUUAGUCCUUGUGUAUGUUGUUCUAUACCGUUUACCUGAAGGCAGCAGUUCGAACAUGGAGUGUCCAGGGUGUGAAGUGUUCUUUAUGAUGUUAUGGGCUCUUUUGAGGCAGCGGGAACUGUGUAGGUCUUUCAGUUUGUAUCAUCCACUUUGAUACACCUGUUCAACUGCUUGUUAAGAUAUAGGAGAUUUAAUCGGCCAAUCACAUUGCAGAAACCCAAUUCAUUUAGCCCAGGGGUCAGCAACUCUGGGCACGCGAAGGGUUAACUGAUGGCACGACCAUAUGUGCCCGAUG